AUGGCUCCCAAGAUCGCAAUCGUGUUCUGGUCUCUUUACGGCCACGUCCAGAAGCUCGCCGAAGCUGAGGCAGAGRGCAUCCGAGCUGCUGGAGGUACCGUCGAUCUCUACCAGCUCCCAGAGACUCUUCCCCAGGAGGUCCUCACCAAGAUGCACGCUCCUCCAAAGGACGCCAACAUCCCCACCUUGACCGACCCCAAGACAUUGGAGCAGUACGAUGCCUUCCUCUUCGGUAUCCCAACCCGCUACGGAAACUUCCCAGCGCAGUGGAAGACCUUCUGGGACUCCACCGGUGGUCAAUGGCAGACGGGUGCCUACUGGGGCAAGUACGCCGGUCUGUUCAUCGGCACCGGCACCCAGGGCGGUGGCCAGGAAAGCACUGCUCUUGCCGCCAUGUCUACCCUGUCCCACCACGGCAUGAUCUACGUCCCAUUGGGCUACAAGCACACCUUUGCCCAGCUCGCCAACCUUUCCGAGAUUCACGGUGGUUCGCCAUGGGGCGCCGGUACCUUCUCCGCCGGAGACGGUUCCCGCAUGCCAAGCGCUUUGGAGCUCGAGAUCGCUACCCUCCAGRGCAAGGCCUUUUAUGAGAUUGUAUCCAAGGUCAACUUCGCAUGA